UAUUUUGCAUAAAAUGCAUAUUUUGCAUAAUUGCAUAUUUGCAUAAAUCGAGCAUAUUAUUUGCAUAAAAUGCAUAUUUUUCCUAAACUUUACAUAUCCCAUGUAACUUUGAAGUAGAUAUAUAGAGAUCAUUUGUAGCUUUAUGGAAUGUCUGUGUUAUCGAUGAAUUUCAGUCUGAUCACGUGAUCACUGAUCAAUCGGAAUAGCGAGUGUCGGUCUCGGUUGUAUUUACGUUCUGCGGAUUACUACGCGUGCUAUCUGCCAGUUUAUUUUCGAGCACUGAGCAGUUGAUAGGGUGAAUAGCGUGAAUAGAGAAGUGAAAAGAAAAGAAAUGCCGAAAGUUAAGAAAAAUAAAUACGUGCUGGUGAAAAGCUGGAUCGACUAAAUCAGCGACAAAUAUUUAACAUAUGACGGAAAUUCUGUUUAUUGCAAUGGAUGUAACAAAGAGAUUACAUGUGAUAGAAAGUCACAAUUAACUCAGCAUAUUUCAACAUCUACACAUAAAAUGAAUGUGUUACAUUUAGAAAAUAACGAACACAGUGAAAAUAUUAACGAAUCAGAUGGAAAAAAGCAACAGUCAAAAUAUGCAAAUACUUUUUACGUCGAUCUUUGCAAAGCUAUGAUUGCUGUUAAGAUGCCCUGGCGUUGUCUUGACAAUGAGACAUGGAGAAAUUUCCUCGCUAAAUAUACACGACAACAAAUUCCGAAUGAGUCAACUUUGAGGAAGAAUUAUUUGGAUGUCUGCUACAAUUCGGUCAUCGAAAAUAUUAGGUCAAAUAUUGGCGAUAAUUAUAUUUGGAUAUCUGUAGACGAAACCACAGAUAAACUCGGUCGUCAAGUCGCAAAUUUAAUAAGUAAUGAUUUUUUACUUAAUCCUAAAUUUUAUACCUAAUACUUAAAUUUUAUUAACACGUUGAGCGCCGAUCAGGUUUUUUAGGUGUGCCGCAGGAGCCAAAGCUUGAAAUUAUCCAAUGUUUGGAAAUUAUUUUUAUUUUUAUUUUGUUUUGAGCGAACAAUAUUUGCCGUGGCACACGGUGUGUGUCGUCGGCUACCGACGAAAAUAGUCAGUGUCACACGGUGUGUGCUGCCGGUGCUCAAUGUGUUAAUUAAUUUUAAUUAAUUUUAUUAUUUAACAUUUUUAUCAAUUUUCUUGAAUUUUUAGUCGGUAAACUAUGUGAGGAAACUACUACACCUCAUCUAAUUUCGUCUCAAGUUCUGGAGAGAACCAAUCAUACCACUGCUCGCUUUGUAAAUUCAAAUAUGAAAAUCUUGUGGCCAAGGGAAUCCCAUGAAGAACGAGUUCUAUUACUUGUAACAGAUGCAGCUGCAUAUAUGUUAAAAGCUGCAAGGGAUCUUCAAAUUUUCUAUCCAAACAUUAUACACUUAACAUGCUUGGUGCAUGGGUUUAAUAGAGUGGCUGAAGAAGUUCGCCUUCACUUUCCUCUCGUUAAUACUAUAAUAUCUUCAGUAAAAAAAAUUUUUUUGAAAGCUCCGCUUCGUAUAGAAGAAUAUCGAGCAAAAUUAGGAAAUAUUCCAUUACCACCUGAACCAAUUUUAACAAGAUGGGGAACUUGGAUCGAAGCUGCACUUUUUUAUGCAAAUAAUUUUACUAGUAUUCGAGAGGUUAUUGAGUCUUUCAAUUCAGAAGAUGCUAAGUCGAUCAUUUCAGCGAAGAAUGUACUUCAAAAUCCACAGCUUGUCAAAGAUUUAUGUUAUAUUGAAACAUAUUUUAAAAAUCUUCCUAAAGUAAUGACAAAACUGGAAUCAGUAGGAUUACCUUUAAUUGAAUCGACUGAAAUAGCAACGUCGUGUAUUGAAGACUUGAAAGCGAUUCCAGGUCCUUGUGGACAAAGAAUUUCAGAAAAAAUACAGCAGAUUCUGAAUAGAAAUCCCGGAGUGAAGGAAAUAUUUAAAAUUAGUGACGUAUUAAAAUGUACGCCUAAUUCCGAAAUUCCUGAAACGAUUCCAUCUUCUUUAUGGAGCAAAUAUAAAUAUGCUCCCGUCACGUCCUGUGACGUUGAAAGAUCCUUCUCUGCUUAUAAACUAAUACUAUCAGAGAAAAGGCAUAGUUUCACUCCGGCUAAUCUCGAAAAAUAUCUUGUUACUUACUGUCAUUUAAAUUACAACCAAUAAUAUGUAUAUAUUGCUUUAUGUAUUUAAGUAUAUUUAUUCUACGUUGUGUUUUAUGUAUUAUGUAUUAUGUUUUGUUUAUGCGCAAGAUUUGGUUUUUCAUGUUCGAGUGAUUACAGUAAUUACUAAUCAGUAAUUACAGUGAUUAUACGUAUAUAAUUUUCUAAAUAAGAU